GGGUGUUAGAGGUUUGUUCCCCCUUGAUUUAGAAGAAUACCGAUAUAAGCCUAGAUUUUAUGCUUAUUACUCCCUCCGUCCGUCUCUUAUGUUGUUUGGAAGGAAUCGGGAGAAAGAAAAGCGACGGAAUACAAAUUCUCUCUUUCUCUCUCUCUCUAAUCUCUCGGGUUCCAGUACUCUCUGACUGUUUGCCGGAGAAUCCGACGUUAAUUUCGAUUAUUAAUCCGUACUCAGGAGCAUAGAGAUUCAACUUCAUCGUGCCUUAACCGAUGAAAGCAGAUGCUACAAUGUUGAAUGGUGACAAACUUAUGUUAAGAGGCUUGAAGUUUCAUGGUUAUCAUGGUGUUCUACCAGAAGAGAAAACUCCGGGUCAGAAGUUUGUCGUCGAUAUGGAUGCAUGGUCCGAUCUUCGCGAGGCUGGUAAAUCUGAUAAUUUAGAUCACAGUGUAAGCUAUGCGGAACUUUACAACAUUGUUAAGGAUAUCGUGGAAGGACCUGGUCAUAAUCUCUUGGAGUCGGUGGCUCACCUCAUCGCCACAAAAACACUUACAACAUACUCUCAGAUAUCUACUGUUCUGUUGAAGCUUGGGAAGCCUCAUGUAUCUGUUCAAGGUCCCGUUGAUUACUUAGGGGUCGAGAUCUUCAGGUUCAGAAAAAUUGAUGUCUAAUACUGAGCCUUGUACUCUGAAUACUCUAGGAUUGUUCAAAUCUCUUUUUGAUGUCUCAUUUGUUGAAUUUCGAUGGUCUUUGAAUUGAUUGGUUUC